GAUUGCGUCGAGUCCGCUGUAGAGGAGCAGCCGCGCUAGGUAGAGGAUAGCCCGCCCGUGAGAGCUCGCCAUUUCCUCCCGCCCGCGGCUCGGCACAGAGAGCCCCCUUUUUUUUUUUUUUGGGGAGCCCGCGUCCCGACUCUUCCCUCCUCCUCCUCUUCCUCCCUCCGCCGCCCUCCUCCGCCGCCGCCGCCAGUUACCCGGGAUCCGUCUCUCCGCGUCCAGUUGCAGGGUCCGUGCUGAGGGGGACGAUGCCUUUGCGGAGCGGACUUUUUCUGUUGAUGGUGCUGAGCGCAUCCGCAUACGAACUGGAUCAGAACGAGUCCUACUCGCCCAGGAGAGCACGCGUCUCCGCCAAUAGCCCUUCAGAUGUGGCACGCUGUCUCAACAGUGCCCUCCAAGUAGGCUGUGGAGCCUUCGCCUGCCUGGAGAAUUCAACUUGUGACACAGAUGGCAUGCAUGACAUCUGCAAGUCCUUUCUUUACAGUGCUGCUAAAUUUGACACUCAGGGUAAAGCAUUUGUGAAGGAGAGCCUUAAGUGCAUUGCCAAUGGCAUCACCUCAAAGGUAUUCCCCACCAUUCGCCGCUGCUCCACCUUCCAAAGAAUGAUAUCUGACGUCCAGGAGGAAUGCUAUAGCAAGUUGGAUAUCUGCACUGUUGCCCGAUCGAAUCCAGAUGCCAUCGGUGAAGUGGCCCAGUUACCAAGUCACUUCCCUAAUAGGUUCUACGGUAAGCUGCUACAGAGCCUGAUGGACUGUGAUGAGGACACGGUGGACCGUGUUCGGACCAGCAUGGUGUCACGGCUCGGCCCGGAGAUGACCAUGCUUAUUCAGCUGCUGCAGAGCAAGCCCUGCCCAUCCACUGCUGUGGCUGCAGCUGCUGCCGUUCCAACUGGAGUCGAGGACCGUGGGAGCUGGCGUUGGUCCAUGGGUCCCCACAUGUACAAGAUUCCACCUAAUCUACGAAACAGAGACUCUGCCAGUCAUUUUGGCAAGAAGCGGUCUGCCAGCGACAGCUCCUAACUCCCACUCAGAUUCAGAAACUCCACACACUCCUCAGAAUCAUGAAAAAAAAAAAGCAAGCUCCUCUGUUCCCUAGGGGUGACAAAAUCCAUUCCUCCGCUAGACUGGAAGUUACAGAAACCUCUAGGGAAUGCCCAUACAGUUCCCAGUUGAUAUGAGAGUUUGAUUGUUGUCAUAGUAUAUAUCUUACACUUUAGGCUUGUGAGGACCCCCCCCCGCCCUUCCAUCGAUUAUUUUCCAACUUAAUCACUCAGUUAGUGUUGAACAUGUGGCUGUUGCAUCCGUGCAGCAUUAUCCUGUUCACUCCUCUUCACCUCCUACAACAGAGAAGAAUCCUUAAGAGGUCUUCUGAUGUCAAGCACAAAACAGCCAUAGUGGUUCACGCCUCUAGAGCACAAAUGGUCCAUACUUAAAAAAAAAAGACAAAAUCGUGAUAUAAUAAUGCAGACAUUUGCUUGUUAUUAGAAUUGAACGGUUGGAUUGUUAGUUCAUCGAUAGGAAUGGCAAAUUAUUGUUAGAUGUAGCUUAUAUUUGAAUGAUGAGACCAAUCAAAAUGUGAGCAUGUGCUGUGGAAAUGAGUUUCAUAUCAAUUUUCUGACACUCACAUAAUACUUUAAUGUACUGUAUACUAAGUUAUCUAAGACAGCCAUAGCCAGCCCUCUGAAAGAGUGCUCAUAAGGAGAGAGAUCCAUAGGGGUUUCACGGUAACGUCGAAGACAUUACCUAAAACUGACCAAAUAACUUCAAACUGCCCUGAAUACUAUUUAUGAAAUACCAAAAUAGUAUAGAGCUAUAGCACUUGUACUUGUUUUUUUUCUGGUGGAAAACGAGGCCAUGAUUCUUAACUGAAAUGCAUUUCUAAUCAUCAUAUCAGGACAUGGCCAAAUUUUCCUAUCAGAGAAAUCCACUUUGCAUAUCCUGUCUCCAGAAACUCUUAAUGCAUAAGACUGUUGAGCUCUAUAGCACACAUGGGACUGUGUUGGGUAGAAUCUGUAUCCACGCUCUUAGCCGAGUGUGAGGCAGUUGUGUAUGUGUUUGAUUAGCAGGUUCACCCCUGAGACUGAGAGCAGCCAUCUUCAUGGACUGAUGAUGAUCAUUCUCGGAGGUGAACGGGAUUACGUAGAGGAUUUCUGUCAUACACACUGGCUUCCAGUGUCGAGAAUGAGAAUGACUAUUUAAAAAAAAAAAUCCUUGUUGGAAUGAUAUUGAUAUUUAUUUUCCUACUAUAUUAUUUAAAUUUUUUUUAUUUUAUGGCAUUAUUGUAGUUUUAGUUGGUUUACAGAUAGACAUUUUAAAAUGCAGUUUGGUCAUGGCUCCUGUUUAAACACGACCGCUAUAUCAAAUAGGUGAGCUGGCACUCUGGUGACUGAGAAGGACCCAUGUCAUGACUCUGUGCUGGCCAUAGGGGAACAAGUCUGUCAUUUAAAUCAGGUGAUUUAGGUUAUGGGUGUUGUGAGUGAUCACAUCCAAAACACUACCGUUUCGACACAUGUGUUGGUGCAAAGUCACAAUUGCAGCCGUUAGAUAUACCUGUUGUGUGCUUGGGGGUUUGUGUACAUUACGCAACAUACAAAACUGAUGAUGUGCAAGGUAUAAUCAGAAUAAAGGAAACGCCAACAUAAUGUAACGCCGCUGUACAGGGUUCUGGUGGUUCUUGGGCAGUUUGCGGUGCUUUUCCCUGGCAUUGAAUGGAACCGGCUGUUGUUCAGAAUGGCUCGGCAAACUUAACUGACAAUACCAAUGAUAACCUAAAUCCGAUACAUCUGUUUAACAGGUUUUAGUUUUGAUUUUGUUUGGCGGUAUACACAAAGAGGGCAAGAGAAAAGAAGGUGGAAAAUGAUGGGGGAGAAUGGAUGAGUCGCAACACACAAGUACGUGUUAUGUGCUUUUUACCUGUCGUGCCCAAAGGCCCCUCGACAUAGUUGUGUUUUUUAAUGGGAGCCUCGUCUUCCAGGACGGCAGUGCUCCUACCGGGCAGAGAUAAGUGUUCGCCCACUGGGUUGAAAGGCAUAACAGCCUCUCUCGCCAUCACUGCAA